GGCGCCUCUCACGAUGUUUUACUCAGGGCUCCUCACCGAGAGCGGCCGCAAGGAGCCCGACCUGCGGGAAGCGGCGUCGCUACGGCAGCAGCGCCGGAUGAAGCAGGCCGUGCAGUUCAUUCACAAAGACUCCGCCGACCUGCUGCCCCUGGACGGCCUCAAGAAGCUGGGCUCGUCCAAGGACACGCAACCUCAUAACAUUCUGCAAAGGCGCCUCAUGGAAACCAAUCUGUCUAAGCUUCGAAGUAGCCGUGUCCCUUGGGCAUCCAAGACCAACAAACUCAAUCAUUCUAAGUCAGAGGGGCCAAAAAAGUCUGAGGAUGAUGACAUGAUUUUGGUUUCUUGCCAGUGUGCUGGCAAGGAUGUGAAAGCCUUGGUUGACACAGGCUGUCAGUAUAAUCUUAUCUCUUCAGCCUGUGUGGACAGACUGGGACUCAAGGAACAUGUCAAAUCUCACAAGCAUGAAGGAGAGAAACUUUCUCUACCCCGACAUCUAAAAGUGGUGGGCCACAUUGAACACUUAGUGAUCACACUGGGCUCCCUCCGUCUAGACUGCCCAGCAGCCGUGAUUGAUGAUAAUGAGAAAAAUUUGUCCCUGGGUCUCCAGACUCUCCGAUCACUCAAGUGCAUCAUAAACUUGGAUAAGCACCGACUGAUCAUGGGGAAGACAGACAAGGAAGAAAUACCUUUUGUGGAGACACUUUCUUUGAAUGAAGACAACACUUCAGAAGCAUAACUACUGCCUGCAGUUUGUCUGCACGGUUACACACACCAGGUUGACAGAUUGGGAAAUCGGGUUUGAAUCAAAUGCAGUAGCAGCUUGCUGUGGACCAAGUCCUUUCACUUAAUAGAAGCUCUAGGGGCGCCUUCCCACCCAGACUUCUCUAGACUUUAGUCUUUGCUUAGAGAUCUUGUCUGGUUAUAGCCAUUUUUUUUUUUACUUCUUUGAUCACUUAAUGUGACACUGCCAGCUCUCACUGUGGCCUCUUUCUCUGCUUCUUCCAGGAAUUUGCUUUUAUUAGUCACAUAUAGAAGCUUCCCAGGUACUACUUCUAGACACAAUUGCUUCUUUUCUUGUAGUUAAAAUGUAUAAUAAACAGGAACCUGACCUUUACCUCCUUUCAUCUCUUUCAGAGAGACAUGGGUUGCCUGUGUCUCAGAAUUAGAAUUUCUUCUAAUUCAUUCAUUAAUUUCUCAAAUACAAAUUGAUAUGAAAUUGCUGAGAGAUAAUCUACCAACUUUUUAAUUUAAAGGGCCAGAAAUGGCUGGGAAGAUAGCUCAAAGGGCUAAAUCAUAUUCCUGGCAGACAGGGCUCUAAACCAUAUUGUUUUUCACCUUGGUAAUCCCCAGCAGUGCUUGGGAGGCCCAAGAAAUGAAAAAGCAAAAAGCUCAAAACAUGCAAAAAAAAAUCCUAAGAGGUAAGUGAAUUGUUUAAGACAGUGGAUCCACAGACCAGUGUUGAAUAGUUUAUAUAGUGAGCCAUGACAUAAGGACCUGGAACUCAGGCCUCACAAACCCAGGCACUUUUCAUUUUCUUUGUCUUAAAGACUUUCUAGGGGGACCAAAAUAGGAUUUGUAGAAAUUUAGUGUAGAAGAACAUGAUUUGGGGAUGAAUGCUAAGGAGUUCUAUAUAGCUCUUUUUCCUG